CAAAACCUCAUUCCAUUUCUAAGCUGCCAUCUCUUCCCUCAAAACAUUCCACAUUUUCAUUUGUAGGAGCAGCCCCUGCAAAGGGCGCGCACUUGCCUCAAGUGCGCGCACUGACGCCGCCGCUCCCCGCCACCGCCACCGCCGCCGCCGUCCAUGGCUCUCUCUCCUCCUCCUUCCUCUCUUUCUCUUCUAGUCGUCGUCUUUGUCUUCCUCCGCCUGGCGGCCCCGUCCCUCGCCAAGACCGAGGCCGAUAUCCUCCUCAAAUUCAAGGCUUCUUUGAAGAAUGCCUCCGCCUUGGCCAGCUGGGACGCCGCCAAGGCCCCCGGCCCUUGCGCCGGCAACCGCCCUACCUGGACCGCCGUCUUGUGCGCCGACGGCAAAGUCCUCGGCCUCACCCUCAACCACAUGGGACUUGGCGGCACCAUCGACGUUGAUUCCCUUCUAGAGCUCCCGGCUUUUAGGGUUUUUGGCGCCAUGGAUAACAAUUUCCAGGGGCCUUUGCCGGCGUUUAAGAAACUCAGCGCCCUCAAAUUCCUCUACCUAUCCCUAAACAAAUUCUCCGGCGAUAUCCCGGACGACGCUUUCGACGGAAUGGAAUCGUUGAAGAAAGUUCACUUGGCGUAUAACGAAUUCUCCGGCGCCAUUCCUAAAUCGCUGGCAACCUCCAGGAACCUCAUCGAGUUGAUGCUUGAACACAAUAUGUUUUAUGGUAAAAUACCAGAUUUCUCGCUGGAACGAUUGUCCGCGGCAAAUUUCUCUAACAAUAAUCUUGAAGGUGAAAUCCCUGCAAUUCUUUCUAAUCUCGACGCUUCCUCGUUCGCAGGGAAUACGGCUCUUUGCGGGAAGCCAUUGGGGGCAUGCCAAGCUGGGCAGGGUGAUACCUCCACCAAUAAUUCCGGCCACUCGGCCAAAUCAAAGAUCUUCAGCAUGAUAGCGGCGGUGAUAGUUUUGGUGGUCGCCAUCGCCAUCGUGUUCGCCGUAUGCAAGAAAAAACCCAACGACGAUACAAUAGACGGGUCGACCCGAGCGCAAGUGGGCACCCAAACAGCACUGCCCACAACCGAGAAGCAGCUGGACAAAAUGGAACGAGGAUCGCCGGCGACCGGGCGUUCACCGCCGGCGCGUGGUGCUACGGCGGCCGCCGGGAAGAAACCGCCGGAGCAGCAGCAUAAUCCGGCCGUUAAGCUUACGUUCUUGAGAGAGAACGUGAUCAAGUUCGACUUGCCGGACCUGCUUAAGGCGUCGGCGGAGAUUCUGGGCAACGGCGUGUUUGGGUCAACUUACAAAGCCGCCCUGGGCUCCGGCCAGGUUGUGGUUGUCAAGCGGUUCAGGCACAUGAACAAGGUCGGAAAAGAGGAUUUUGUGGAGCAUAUGAGAAGGCUUGGAAGGUUGAAUCACAAGAAUUUGCUUCCUAUUCUGGGUUUCUACUAUAGGAAAGAGGAAAAGCUCCUUGUCUUUGACCAUGUCGUGAAAUCCAGCUUGGCUUCUCAUCUUCAUGGUAAGAAAAGGAAAUCUCGUAGCGGGAAUGAGCUAGACUGGGCGACACGGUUGAAAAUUGUGAAGGGAGUAGCGAGGAGCAUGGUGUAUCUGUACAAUGAGCUACCCAGCAUGAGCGUACCAAACGGGCACCUCAAAUCCUCCAACGUUCUCUUAGAUUCCUCGUACGAGCCCUUAAUCAGCGACUACGGGUUGCUGCCAAUCGUGAACCAAGAGCACGCGGAGGAGCACAUGAUCGCGUACAAAUCGCCGGAUUACAAGCAGGGCGGUCGGGUGGGCAAGAAAACGGACGUGUGGGCGCUAGGGGUGUUGAUCCUGGAAAUCUUGACCGGAAAACCCCCGCCCGACGUGGACACGGUGGCGUGGGUUCAGUCCAUCGUGCCCACGCUCGAGGCUUUGGACCCGGAGAUGAGAGGGGUGACUAAGAACGCCGAGGGGGAAGUGGUGAAGCUGUUGAACAUUGGGCUGAGCUGCUGCGAGGUGGAUGUGGACAAGAGGCCGGAGAUGAAGGAGACGGUGGAGAGGAUUGAACAUGUCGCCGUCGCUGGGGCCGGCGGCGCCAGCGACGACGACUUUUACUCUUCGUAUACCAGCGAUGACCACUCGUCCAGAAGCUUAUCCCAGGAUUUCACUUAAGGAAAAUACUACUUGGACUCCCUGACGCUUAUCUCAGAAUUUUGCUUAAGGAAAAUACUACUUGGACUCCCCUGACAGCCUCGUGGUACGUACGUUCAUCCCAUCCACCGCCAUCAUUAUCAUCAAUCCGUUUGCUUCUUCAUUUCACAUUCUUCAACAAAAUUAAGGUUAGUUGAAUUGCCCAAGAAUUUUUAAUUCUAUUCAGUUCAAGAUUUUUGGGGGCAAAAAGCCAUUUUUAAAUACUUUUUUUUUUCACUUUUUAAUUUUCUUUUUCGAUGAUAGUGUGUUGAGGAAUUCUACCAUGCUGUGCGGCGUGCGUGUCAUUAUUGUGUUACAUAGGGAUAAAAUGGUAAAUAUAUAAUAUGAAACGAUGAUAUUUGUUAUUUAUCCCAACUUCCCAAGUUAAACUAGCUAAUAGCGCCUUAAUUUGUUGCCUUACUAUUCUUGGAUCUCAAGCAGUGCGCCAUACAGUAUGGUAGAAAUUCCCGUAUAAAAAAAAGAUGUAAUUUAUUCUUAGCUAGUAAUUAUACCUUAAAUUUUGUUUAAUGUUAGAUAUCAAUUGAGUGAAA